GCUCUCGUCUUAUCUGACGUACAACUAUCUAGAUCCGUCUGAUAUCCCCCAGAGAUAGCCGCUCAGAUAUUGAGACAAAUAAAUAUAUUCUACUUGGCAUUGGUAGCCGCAGUUUCGUUACACAAGAUGAAGGUGCUUCUGCUGUUGGCAGGAGUGACAGUGGCGCUGUGCGCCGUGCCUAAGGCAUCCCACUCUCACAACACCCACAGCCUGCACGCGCACAAGAACUCCGAUGGCAGCUUCUACCUGACCAUUGAAUCACCGGCUGGUCCCCAAUACCUGGGCCAUGUGGGUCGCAAUGCGGGCACCCAGGACAGCCGCGUGAGCUUCAACAUGGAGGCCUCUGGUGACGUCAGCAGGGGAGGCUUCAAGGUCAGCAUCACGUGGCACGGACCCAGGGACGCUGUCUUCACUGACUGUAUUGAUUUUGGUGGCAGCCAAUGGUUCGCAGGCCCUGAACAGAAACAGCAGUACUGGCCGAUCCAGAACUCCAAACUGCAGAAAUACUCUGUCAUCUCCAAGGAAGACGACAACGCUGCAGUCGGCGAGCGCUACUGGCUCAACUCCGACGGCAUGUACGUCUACGUGGCUCCUGAAGUCCCACUCUUCGUAGACUACCACAAUGUUCUUGAAAACCAUCUCUGCCUCAUCGCCGAGGUCUCCGACCCCUACUCCACUCAACGUCUUUCAAACAUUCUCCAAUACGACCUCUGGUUCUUCGACGACCCGAAGAUCGCCCACCAGCAUGCCGUUGACACUUACCUCGGCAAGCCUACAGGAAUUCCUGACUACAGGAUGAUCCAGUACCCAAUUUGGUCUACUUGGGCGCGUUAUUCGCGAGAAAUUGAUCAGGACCUGCUGUGGUCAUUCGCCAACGAGAUCAAGGACAGUGGAUUCCCUAAUGCCCAGUUUGAAAUCGAUGAUCUUUGGGAAGUCUGCUACGGUUCCCUGUUUGUGGAUACCAGGAAACUGCCUGACUUGAAACAGCUGGUGCAGGACAUUAAGGGUCUCGGCUUUAGAGUUGCUAUUUGGGUGCAUCCGUUCAUCAACAAAGACUGCGAACCUUGGUAUUCUGAAGCUCUUGAUAAGGGCUACCUGGUACUGAACGAGAAGGGCAGCCCCGACACAUCGUGGUGGAACAACAACGGCUCGAUCCCUGGAUACAUUGACUUCACUAACCCUGAGGCUGCCAACUGGUUCUCCGAUAGAGUCCGCAAUCUUAUCGAGACUUACGACAUUGAUACUGUCAAGUUCGAUGCUGGAGAGUCAAGCUGGUCUCCUCAGAUCCCAGUGCAGAAGGACUUGGACAUCAACCUGCACCCGGGCCACAUCGUGCAAGCUUACGUGCGCACCGUCGCUAAGUUCGGACCUAUGAUCGAGGUCCGAUCUGGCAUGAGGACCCAAGACCUGCCAAUAUUCAUCCGUAUGGUCGACAAGGACACACUAUGGGACUAUGACAACGGCCUAGAGACUUUGAUCACCACUCUUCUUUCAAUGAACCUGAACGGUUACACCCUGGUCUUACCUGACAUGAUCGGAGGGAAUGGGUACAAUGAGAAGCCCAGCAAGGAGUUGUUCAUCAGAUGGCUCCAAGCUAACGUGUUCAUGCCUGCUUUGCAGUACUCCUUCGUGCCUUGGGAUCAUGAUGAUGAGACAGUAGAGAUCUCCCGUCGCUACACCCAGCUGCACGCAGACUAUGCUGACACCAUCGUGGCUGCCAUGGAGAAGUCUGUCAGCGAGGGUACUCCUGUCAACCCGCCCAUCUGGUGGCUCGACCCUCAUGAUGACGACGCUCUCGCUAUUGCCGAUGAAUUCCUCCUCGGCGAGACUAUCCUAGCAGCACCAGUGGUGAAACCUGGUGCAGUCUCCCGUGACGUCUACCUACCCAAAGGCACCUGGCGUGACGGCAACAACGGAGACAUCAUCCAGGGUCCAAUCUGGCUGAAGGACUACCCAGCACCCCUGGAUGUCCUCCCAUACUUCACUCUUGUAGAAUGAAUGCUGUUCAUGUAAUAUUGUCGUGUACCUAAAUUAUAUUUGGUUAUGUGAAGAA